AUGAGUACAAGAAGAUCGAAAUUUCUUUUGUUGGAUGUGUUUUCCAAGACAGAAGAAGAUGUUCGUGUACGUACCAGCACUGGUGGUAUCAUCACUAUAGGUUGUAUACUGACUACAUUAUUGCUGCUAUAUCGUGAAUGGACCCAAUUGACCGAAAUAGUAACGCGACCACAAUUAUAUGUCGAUAGAGAUAGUGAUGCUAAAUUGUCUUUAAAUUUUGAUAUUAUGUUUCCUGAUGUCUCUUGUGAUAUAUUAACAUUGGAUAUUGUCGAUGAAUCUGGCGAAUUACAAUUAGAUAUAUUGGAUUCAGGUUUCAUAAAGACUAGGUGUGAUCAAAAUGGGAAAGAACUCAUCACAGAGGAUUAUAAGAUGGGUACUGAUUUUAAACCAGAUACUUCAAAGUUGAACCAUGGUAGCGAAUAUUGUGGUUCAUGUUAUGGUGCCCUAGUUCAAAAUGCUAACGAUGCGGUCUCCCCAGAACAUCGUGUCUGUUGUCAAAGUUGUGAUGAAGUCCAUCAAGCUUAUUUGGACGCUGGUUGGGCAUUCCUUGAUGGUGCUGACAUCGACCAAUGUGAAGAAGAAGGUUAUGUGAAACAUAUGAAUGAUCAUUUAAAUGAAGGGUGUAGAGUACGUGGGAGUGCUUUGUUAAGUAGAAUUAGAGGUAAUAUCCAUUUUGCACCAGGGAAAUCAUUUAUUACUAAAGAUAUAGAAAGAAGAGGAAUAUCUCAUAAUCAUGACUCUUCGUUAUAUGAUUCCCAUAGGGAAUUGAAUUUCAAUCAUAUUAUUCAUCAUUUGAGUUUUGGCCGGCCUGUAGAUAAAUCGCAUGAGAAAUUGAGACGUAAAGAUGAAGAUCUAUCGGGAAUCUCUACUAAUCCAUUGGACGGUGGUGAAGUGAAAUCAGAUCGUACUGAUGCUCAUUUAUUACAAUAUUCGUAUUUUGCUAAGAUUGUUCCAACAAGAUACGAAUACCUGAAUGAUAAAUAUCCAGCAGUAGAGACUACCCAGUUCAGUGCUACAUUCCAUUCAAGACCUAUCAGAGGAGGUAGGGACGACGAUCACCCAACUACAGUACAUGCUAGUGGUGGUACCCCUGGUGUCUUUAUCUUCUACGAAAUGUCAGCAUUGAAGGUCAUCAACAGGGAACAACAUGCACAGACAUGGUCAGGGUUCUUCUUGAACUGUAUUACUACCAUUGGGGGUGUCCUUGCAGUGGGUACAGUCGCAGACAAGAUAUUCUACAAAGCUCAAAAAUCCAUUUGGGGUAAGAAGUCCCAAUAG